CUUCGCUACAAAGUGCCAGAAAUAUGGCAUGGCUGCAUUAAAAAGUUGACCGUAUGGUGCUCGUUAUUACAUCAUGUAAGUCGCCCACGGCUGCAUAUCUAUGCCCAUUAUGAGUGUGCCCUUCACGGAAGAGGAAAGGCAAGAGGCGUUAGAUUUCUUCAGGCGAUUUGUCGCUGAUCAAACUGACGCGUUCGGUGAAUGUGAGAACCUACCCAUCCGACUAAGUUCACUCUCUAUCACUGUGAACGAGUUAGAAGGAGAAUGCAUCGACUGGUGCUUGCAGUACCUCAGGAAAAGGUGAGCAUCCGUUGAAAACUCUUGCAAAUGCAAAAUGUAGCUGUUUUAGCGUGCGAAAGCAUUGUUGUACCUAUUUGCGUAUUCGGGUGUAUUGCACAGUUCGUGUUUACACAGCUUACAGAAUCAAAGCGAAUAGAAUCAAUGUUGUUUUGUAAAGAAAUUGUAGCGAUCUCGGUGCUGAUCAGAAACAUUGUUUCAGUAGUAUACCUAUCUAGACUAUCACAGGGGCUACUUGCUUUCUAUUAAGUUAUUUACAAAUGAGUUAAUUUUAAAACUAAAGGUGUACGGUGUGAAGAACGUGUAUGUAGAUCAUACCCCCCCCUCUUUUGUAAGCGUAUGUAAUAAAUUUACUUAUAUGAUACAUUCAAGAUGGCAGUUAAGUCAACCCUUUACUGUUUUAAAUGUAUUAAAGUACCUCAGAAAUGUUUUAAUGGGUCAGUCAAGGGAUUUGAUUUAGUGCACGUACCGUGUGUCUGGAGUAACACUAUUAUUUUGGUCUUCGAAAAAAGUUCUUAAAAUCAUCAAUAUUGGCUUCUUAAUUAAUUCACUCCUUUGAGUAACAGAAAGGUAUAUGAUAUUUUUCAGUGCGAUAGUUUGGCAGAUUAUAUUUUAUCCCUUUACAAAACUUUUGUAUCACUCCACGAUUGAGCACUUGACAAAGAAAUUAUUGUAGUGUUCGGGUGACAGACUUAAAUUAAUAAAGAUAAUAAAAAGUUGACAAAGAUAACAAAUUUAAAAAUACGUAUAAUCGUGAAUAGGGAAUGUCUGAGUGGCAUGUUAGGCCACACAUUCGUGUAAUUUUGCAAAUACCUGAGCUGAUUAGAGUAUUGCCAUGUUGCUGUCACACAAACAAUAUGGCCUCUGAGUAUCUGAUAUUAAGCCUUAGAAGACUUGAUAUGCAAGGAAUCUUCCAGCAUUGCGCCUAGUUUCUCACUAGAUUUCUUAUUUUGAAAUUGACUACUUUCAUUCAAGGGCAUCCAUAAUUCUAAGAGAUUGCAAUGGAAAAUUCAAGAUUGACAAUCAAAAAUAGAAAUUUUUUAUAAGGGUCAAAAUUUUGUAUUAUGUCGGAUCAUUUGUAAUGCAUCCAUCUCAUUAAUGUUCCAUGUGUACAAAUAUAAUACAAAAAAGGAAGAAUCGACAUAACUAUUAUAGGCGGCUCACAAAAUAGGAUAAUUUUAAAAAAAUAAUUCUUUUUUAAAAACUUAAAAGUUCUGCAAACUUAAUGUAUCCUAGUGGCCUGGAACUGAAACUCAACAGGUCCUGUUGGGGAGGGAAGUCUCUCCAACAAGAGAAACGUGGUCUCAAGUGUUAGUGGUAGUUCAAUACAGAGAUUAAGAGUCAUGUUUACACCAAUUGGCAAAAUGUGAAUCUGACUGCGUGACCAAGUUUCCUCUUACAUAAUUGUCAUUUACUGUUUUAUUAUUACCUCUACUAAAAAGUAAGUUGUUGCAUGCGAGUUUUAGUCAUAAUUAUUGUUCUGGACAGUUUUUAUCUGCUUAUUUUCUAUUCUGAGAAAUACUCAACUUGAAUCUGUGGUUUGUCGUUUGUUGUAUACGUGACUCUUAGAGAGAUUUUUGUAUGACCUUGAAAAAUAGUUUCUGUAAGUGUUCGUCAUUUGUUUUAUCAACCAAUGGAUGAAAAGAUCAAAACGUGGACUCUUCAUUUUCCUGCAAAAGAAAACCCUAUUAAAUAUGAGGAAGGCAUUGUUUGAUUGGUCAAUCGUGUUGCAACAUGACGUCAAUGCAAAGUAUGGAUUGAUUUCUAGAACGUUCCUGGGCUUGAAGGUUUUUUCACCUGAGUGUUCGUCUAACCAACCAAAAGCCACGCGUGUUUGUGUCCAUUUGAUAAACCAAUCAAAUCGCUCUAUUUCCAUUUAUUUGUUUCUGUUUUGUUUGAGUUUUUUCAUUUCAAGGUCAUCCCAAAAUUGCUCUAAAUCAAUCUCUUCUUAUUGCUUUACUUUAUACAUAGCCAAGCUCCAGAAGCCAUAACAGCACUUAUCACUCAUGCUGCUGUAAGACAAAUCAUUGAAGGCGACCUGUCAGGUUACAGACAAGAUGAAUCUGAGGAUGCCUGUGAGUAGACCAAUACCAAGAGAUGAUAAUGGGACGUCAGGGAAGGAAAUGCCCAGUCCAGCCAUUGGGAUAUGUGAAUUUCACCAAAGUAUAAUUUUUUUUGACCAGUAAUAUUAAACAUUUGAGAUUAACAGUGGAAGUUGGUUUCUGGAGAGGUCUGCAAAUGUUUAUUCAGUGUUGUCGAGAGAGUAUAAUUGGACACUAUGCUCUUUUGGUGUGUCGUCUCACUUUAUAUUCUGAUCUGCAUUGUUUGUUUUGAGGCACUCGAGGUGGACUUAGUGACGUUUCAAACAAUCGAUUAAUUGAUUAGCCCAGGAAUUAGACUUCUUUUAAUUACAGCCUCUACAACUAUUUUUUGUGAAAUUCACAUUUCCCAGCCAUUGCCCUAAGAUUCCCUCUCUGAGCCAUCAUUCUCUCUUGCCAAUACUUGAUCUGGGAUGACUGCAUUUAAAUCAAAUAGCACUGUUAGGGCUCUGUUGUAGCAGAGUGGCUAAAUCAAAUGAAGGCUAACUUGAGACAAUACUGGCUAGUAAUCUCUUGUGUGUGAUUUUUGGAUACAUGAGAUGGCUUCUCAUGGGCCUUUAGGUUUUUUCUAGCUUUCAGGCUGAAGCCAGGCCACUACAUCACUUUGCCUUUAGUUACUGUGACUCAUUAGUGUGUUUUUACUCUCUACCCUUCCCCCUCUUUAUAAGUACAUACUUAAUAUGCUAGGUUCCGCUGGUAAGGAGUGAAGAUAGCCUGGAAGGAUGCCAUAUAAAAUUCACAGGGUUGUUAUCGUUAUACAUUGCACUCAGCUACAGUUCUCGUGCAGCUCCACUAGCCUUUCUUGGCUCCUCCCCUCACACUUAUCUUUAAUUAUGAGCUUAAUAAAAGUUUUACAGUGGGUUUACUUUUAUGCUUUUUUUUAACUUUGCUAUCGACUUCCUGUUUAAAUAUGUACUUAAAAAUUGUUUGCGCUUUUCUAGAUAUUUUUAUGUUUGUCAUCAAUCAUUAGAACUUUUUUAUUCUCUGGAAAUUGAAGUUUCAAUAAGACCCUUUGUAUUAUCAUGUUUUUGUGAUUCACAUAGAGAGAUGUAUUUUUAGAUUGGCAAAGUGGUAGUCUCUUGGACCUCUACAAGUUUUGAUACCUGAGGAUUUUUAUAUGUACAUCACAUCCUUGUCUCUUGUUACUGAUCAAGCAAGCAAUAUUUUUUGUGAGGGAUGGGUGAAUGAACAUGAAAAAAUAGAUAACAUUCCUGUAGCAAAUCCUAAAAAGCACAAAAAAGAAAGCUGGUUGAGAUAAAUUAAGUUCCCAACUUUGAAUUCCUCAAAGAAAAGAAGUACAGUAUGAACAUCUUAGUUAGCAUGCAAUCAUGUGGUUAAUUUUUGGUUUGUCAAACUACAUUAAGUCUGUGCUAAUAAGGUCACCAAUCAUGAAAAACAAAAUAAACACCAGGGCCAGGUUGUUCAAAGGAGGAUUAGUGAAAAUCCAGGGUUAGUUAUCUUGACACUACUCAUACGUUCUAUAUAGUUUACAGUUACUGCAGUAUUAACAGGGCUGUCAUUAAGUUUUGAAGCAGCUGUAGCAAAUGAAGAUUCACUCGUAACAUCUCACAAAAAUUUAUAGUGUUACCUUUAGUUUCCACUUUGAUCACCUGUAACAUCAAGUGAGCUCAGCCUUAACAGGUGAUACAGGUUACAGCCCUUAUGGCAGCUCUGAUUACCACUGACAGGAAAUUUUCUUAUAAUAAUAUUAAUGAUACAGCAAUUAACUUUUCGUCUUUCCUUCUGUGACAGUACUAAGCACUUCCAAAAUUGCCAAAGAUGUCAUGAACAAGGUCCUUGAAGUUUGCAAGCAGUGGAAUGAAGGAACUCCAUCCUUUUGCAAGUCAAAGAUGAAAUAUGAAUCCUGUGUUCAUGCCAUCAAAAACACAAGGAGAAAAAUGGAAGAUAAACAUGUCAUUCUCCCCCAGUUUAAUAAUCUUUUUGGUUUUCAAGAGGUACUUCUACCUUUCAUAAAUUAAUGUUCUUUCAAUACUAUACAGUACUAUCGUAUUUUUUUUCUUAUUUAUCUUUCCACAACUUCAUGAAAAACCCACUCUACCUAAUUAAGUCAUUAGCCUUUUAAAAACUGUCAGGGUAAAGGAGAUUGAAACGUUUGUCUCUGUGUAUAGCCAGUCAGAACAGUAAACUCAGCAAGCUUACCCUUGGAAUCACCCACCUUGUCACUGUAUAAAAGCAAUGAUUAAUUUCUAUAAGUAGCCAGCUAUCCAAGGCAUAAUUUGUGAUUUGAAUGUCACUGAAAUCUAAAAGGUUUCUGGCAAAUUCCUUUAGUGUUUGGGGUUAAAGGAAAGACCAAUGAUAACCUUUACGACAUGAAAAAAGUAGUGAAGAAAUUUAGAUGGACAUCUAUUGCUGAUCCUGACAGUGUCCAACGUCAACAAAUUUAUUUGACUAUGCUAGCCACACACAACAAAAGCUGAUUUCCAGGUGGGGCGUGGGCAUACACACAUUGCAAAAGAUAGAGGCAAUAUGGUGUUCACUAUUGGAAUGAAUCCAUCUUAGAGUGAGUUGACUGAGUGUAUGAAAUGCAUAUUAAGUUCUGCCAAGAUGACUAUGUCAACAUAAUAGCUGGUUACCCUCAUACUAGUGCAAGGUUUUAGCCAGAAGGGUGUCCAGCCGUCCUAUGGACGCCCAUUUUUGGAAGAAACACAAGGAAAAUUCACCUGAUCUCUCAUACGUUUAGGGGAAAACGUGAAUUCUGGACGGCCAGUUUUCAAUGUCUGGCUAAAAGCCUGUACUAGUGGGACAAUCAAUGUUUCCGUGUGUUAAUUUUUGGUUUUAUUAGCCUUACUUUGGUCCCCAUCUUAGCUUUGCCUGUGGUUCAUUUAUCCCAUCUUUUGUCAGGGUUGCUCAUGAUUUUAACAGAAACCUGACCUGUCAUUAUAUAAUAGCAAAGACUUGAAAUGUGUUCUUUUUUCUAAAGGAUCACUCAAAUCAGGCUUUCUUUGCUGUUUAUGAUGGUCACAGUGGUGUUGAUGCUUCAAACUACGCUGCAACUCACCUUCACUGUCACCUUGCAAGAAACAAAUGCCUUGAAAAGGAUCCAUUAUUGGCUUUAAAAGAGGCUUUUGAAAAGACGGACAAGUGCUUUGUAGCAAAAGCCAAAAGAGAGGCAAGGAGUAAUAUUAUUUAUUUUAUCUGAACAGUGUACAAAAAAAAAAAUAGCCCGUAAAGCUGUAUUAUAGAGAUGCUGCAUAGUUUCUUGCAAAAGCGAGGUUAAUAAAUCUGUCCGAUUGGCAUCGUAUGUUGCUCUUACGAGGAUCACUGGCAGAGUGCAAUCUUACUUUGGUAAUAUUUUUAUUGGUUUGGUAUCCGGAGUUGCCUAGCAACAAUGUUACGACUAAGCUCCAAUUGACCUCAUUCAGUCUGAUGUCUCGUCUACUUCCAUUGAACUGGUUGAUGUCAAGGAGCAUUUUGACGGUGUUGUUUUGACUGUUUUUGUGCCGUUUUGGCGAUUGUGAAAUGCUUUUGUUGAUUAAUUUGUAUAGGUAAUAGCAUGAUUUGUAGUGAUAUUUCAAAAUUGUUAUACGUAAUUUCACGAGACGUUAGGCGAGUGAAAUUUGAGACAAUUUGGAAAUAUCACGAGUGGUGUUUAUGCCAAAUAUCACAUACAAAUCAUGCCAUUAUUUGUUUAUACUACUACCCGCAAAAGGUUUGUAAUUUUCACAUGUAGUUAUAUCAAAUUAAGCUGAAAUACCACUGUUCUAAGCCAAUCAAAUUGCAGAAAUUUCUCAUGUAGUAUACCUGCCAACUCUCAUGCCUUAGGCGUGAGUCUCACGCCUGUGGGUUGAAAACUUCAAUCUCAUGCCGGCUCACGCCUGCGGGCCAAUUUCUCACGCUUGAUUGAAAAAUGUGAGUUGUUGCCGUCCUGCUUGACACAAUUUCCAAAAAUAUGUUAACUCAGACCCAUGUAAGGAAGGAAAACCAUGUGUAAAAUGAAUAAAUGGCAAUACCUUCCUCGCUAUCUCUGAUUUUUGAAGUGAAAAGCACUGGGAGCGAGCUCGCCUUUGGCAGACUUCGGACGUCUUCGGAAGACUUCGGACUUCUUCGGGAAUCUUCGGAAAUGAUCGUGUCGUCUUCAAAAAUCCCAGCACUCCCAGGAUAAAAAUCUCACGCUUAUUUCUCAGAAAAAGUUGGCAGGUAUAAUGUAGUAGUAUAAUGACAGCAAUUAAGUAUUUUAUAGAGAACAUUGAAGCAAUUUGGACUAUUACAGCUUGAUAGGUGAUGGGAUGUGUUUGUUUUUCGCAAGAGUGUUUUAGUUCAGCUUUUUACCAUCAAAACCUUGCUUAACCUAUACCACUGAUAUUAGGAUUUAUAAAACCAUGCUUUUCCCUGAAAUCUGUGCCUUUGAAUUUAUGUUACACCUAGGCAAACCCACAAUGAAUUGGUUCAUUCCCGGCCUAUCAAUGUGACCGAUGUUUCACCUCAGCUCCAUACAUCGAUCGGCCAUUAAGCCUGAGAGUGAAUUAACACGGAAAUAUUGCAAAAUGGCUUUGAAAUACUCAUUUAAGCUAGUUUUCCUCAAAUGUAUCUUUGAAUUCAUGUUAAUAGAGCUCCACAAGUGUCAAACAGCAUGUAUGGCAGAGAAAAGUGCUUUAAGUGUAAUAAUUUUACCGAUUUAUCAAUAUUCAGUGGCAUCUUGGCCCAGUUGUGUCGGAACUGUCUUCUCGUGCAGGAGGUAGUCAUGUUGUACUGGUUCCAAUCUCUGCAUACAUAUUUUAGUUUUCUUUGUACAUUUUUUUGUCCGUUUAGAUUUAGAUUUCUUUAUCACAUUUUUCCCUUUUGCUUGUUUCCCUUUAUUCGCGAGGUUUUUGUGACAAUGUAUUUCUAGUAUGAACUACUUGAACUUCACAUACGAAGAUCAGGGUUCACAUGCAGUGAAGCUACACUGAUAGUAUGGCUUGCUAUCCCCAGAUACUUUGGUUCAUGCUAUUUCUCCCCGACCAGCUGUAUAACUGAUCACCGGCAGCAUCUCUUGCAAAAAUCUUUACAUGAUUUCUUCACAGCCCAAUACAUGUAAUUACAAGAUUUGAUGCCACCUUUGAGACUGGUCUUCUAAGCCUCUAUUUUGGUAGUCCAUUAAUGUUCCCAUUACUGAUCUUUUCAGGGUCUUCGUAGUGGCUCUACCGGUGUUGCCGUCCUGAUUAAGGGUGAAACACUUUAUGUUGCUUGGUUGGGAGACUCACAGGUUGUGCUCAGCAAAGCAGGGCAGCCCACUCUGCUGAUGAGCCCUCACAAACCAAACAGAGAGGUAAGGUUUAAGAAACCCUAAUAGUGAACCAUACAUUAUUAUUUUGCUCCAGAUUAUAUUGAUCACUGCUCAGUCAUUUAUGGCAUAAAUUAAGGUUGGAGGAAAUGAAAACCGAAUGAAAAAAGGGUCUGUAGAUAUCAUUUUGCCAUGUGGGACAAGAAACGUACCAUUGCAUUUGGGAGGAAAGCAGGAGGCAAAAUGAGAAAAGACAGUACUGUAGGAGAGUGUUGUGAUGGAUCAUUAUCACACCCAUUAACAACACCUAUAGUCAGUUGUAAUGGUUAAAAGCAAACCAGCCAUGACAUGACUGGGCAAAAUCAGCUGCAAGAACUGCAAUUUUGUGUCAUGCUAUCAUUUCUCCCCAACCAGCUGCAUAACUGAUCACCAGCAGCAUCCCUCCAAAAAUCUCUACAUGAUGUCUUCACAGCCCCUCCGGCCUACCAAGGCUUGUAAGAAGAAGAGACACUUUCUACUAGCUUUUGUUUUCAAUUGAUUUCUGGUAAACUAUUAUCAUUUUUUUAACACCAGGAUGAAAGACAGAGAAUUGAGGCCCUUGGAGGAUGUGUUGUGUAUUUUGGUGCAUGGAGGGUGAAUGGAAGUCUCUCAGUAUCACGUGCAAUUGGUGAUGCUGAACACAAGCCUUACAUCAGUGGAGAGCCUGAUGUGGAGGAGUUCAAUAUGGAAGGUAAUGGUUAUUUUACGAAUCAAUCAUGUUUUCAGACUAUGUUUUGAAAUGUCUAAUACAUGAAUUUCAUCAUAACUGGAAAGUAAAAGGAAGACAAGAUAUUUGCCCCUGUUUAUAUUGCCAUCCAAAGGAAGAUUAUGCAGUCUUCCCAUGAUUCCCUGCGCAAUUUGUCGAAAUUUUUGCUGGUAAUGUGGCCAUUUUGGAUGCAUCAUGAGCUUCGGAGAUGAACUUUUGACCUUUGAGAAGAGCCUGUUUCUUUUGUUUCAUACCUUUUUUUAUUGGUUCAGAAUUGAUUUCCUGUACAGAUUUUCAAAGCUGUUAAAGUAAAUUUGUACGCCUUAUGUACAUGAUAAAGAGACCUGGAUUUUUAAUGAUGACGGUAUUGUCUUAGUUUGCCGUCACAGUCAGGCAGGUUCAAGAAACAGUGUUACUUUGUUACUUACAAUAGAGGUUCUGUUAAACUAUGAUUAUUUUUGAGGAGGGUAAGGGAUAUAAUGGUUUCAUCCCUGUCUGGGGAGUUGUAGAACUUUGCAUCAAAAAAGUGUUAUUAAUACUUGGCCUUUAAGAUUUUGACUUAGGUUUUCCUCCCAUUAGAACAUGAUGGAACCUGUGAACAGAUGUUGUAAUAAUACAAUAUAAACUUGUUGUUUUUGACAACUAAGAACAAUAUCUAAGAAGCUUAGAGAGCUUUCUGAGAAGUAUAUUGGCACCGUUGUCUUUCACAAGCCAGUGCAAGUUAUUAGCCAGAGAAGCAGGUCUGACAGGGGAAAGAUAGGGAGAGACAAAGGCCCUUUGUGGGGCACUAGUUAAAAUAAUGAGGAAAAAAACAGGCUGGAAAGAAUCAAAAUGCAGUGUUUAUAAUGUUGGUUAAUUUUCUCUUGGAUAGGUGAUGAAGACUUUCUCAUAUUAGCUUGUGACGGUUUAUGGGAUGUUGUCAAGCCUGAUGAAGCUGUUGAAUUAGUAGUUCAGUACCUUGCAGAUGGAGGUGAUAGAUCAACUGUUGCUAAACUGCUUGUGGAUAGUGCUAAAAGUGGUGGCUCUAAUGACAACAUCUCAGUUGUUGUUGUCUUCUUGGAUGUCCAUAAGAGAGGUGUGGAAUCUGUUACAGACACUGUGUCUAGCAUAGCACUGACUGAAGUGGACCAAGAUCUUUCAUCUGAUGACAGAGCUGUGAACACAUCAGAAAAUGGUACCAAGGAGAACAGUAUCUUUGAAAAUAAAGGGAACAUUUCACCAGUACCAUCUCCCAAACGUUCACCAAAGUUAUCCAAAAAGACAGAGGAUGAAAAUACACCUGUAGUACACACUUCACCACAAACAGCAACAUAGCAAGGCAGUUUCUCAUCACCAUGGUAACUAAGUAUAUGAAUGAUUUUACGCAAAACUUUAUACUGAGGAGUGAUAAUUUCAAAUUGAAAUAAGCUCUAUUUUUGUGCAGAGGCUAUUAAUCAUGAAUGUAAGAAACUUAGUUCAUGUUAUUUAUUUGUUAAAAAAUACCUGAAAAUACGGAAAAUGACAGAAAUUGCUAUCCUUUAGUCAACCGCUAUGUGAAGCUAUCUUUUGUUCUUUCUUUAUAGUGACAUAUUGAAAGGUAUAUUUGUCAUGUACAGCUGUUUGGUUGGGUCCACACGAGAAACUUAAAAGUUUAUGAAAAGGAAACUGGCUACAGGUCCCACAACAUAUCAGUAAAUUUUUCUGUCAUUUUUGUUCCAGUCAUUUGAAGUAGGAAUAGUAAUCACAUAAGCCUUGGUACAGUUUAUGUAAACCUUUUGUUAAAAAAGUGCAUUCAAAGCUAAGUUUUGUACAUGAUACAUGCAACAUGUGGACUGUGCUGACGUAGUGCUUAUUUCCAGUUCACUUUGUAUUUCAAUCCUCCAAAGCUUUACGCUCUUCAUUACUUUUAACCGUAAAUCUCUCCAGAUCUUACUGGUUGAGUAAGAUUUUAAGUGAUAAAUAACAUUAGUGGUACUGGUGUUUCAGAGUUUUUACAAAUGUAUUUACUGACAAAUCAAAAUAUUUACUCAAUGGAAUACUUAUUUCAAGAUUCAGAUUUUUGUAAAAAAUACCAUAGCACAUCUUAUACACAGUACAUCCAAAAAUGUAACUGAAUCCCAUUAAUUAGUUUCUAGUGCAGCUUUUGCUUCUCCUCGAGAAGGAUUGCGUGAUGACCUAAAUAAUGGCUACAUAGAAGCCAUUCAUUUGAAUUCAUACAUGUCCGCGAUUCUUGUUAUUUUCCAUUGUGCUUACUGUACAGAUGCUUGCGUAGCUAACUUAUUUUUUUAUGAUAGUCACUACUCACCACACACGCGCACACAAACACCUUCCAGAUAUCCAAAACGUCCUUGUGCUCUAUGAGCCUUGAUAUCAUCAAGCGUUAAUAGAGCACAACAGUUUAUCUUUAUUGAUCAUGUGGUUUAUUCUCAUGACCAUAAAUUUUGAUCAAGUGUUGAAGUUAUAAGGAGAAAUAAGUUGCUUGUAACCUGUUGGUUUAAAGGGUUAAAAACUGUUUUAAAUUUAGUGAUGGAAUUUAGGAAUUUAGAAAGUAGUUGGUAUUGUUGGUAAUGCGGUUUAAUCAACCAAAAAGAAAAGUAAGAAUAAGGACCAUUCAUAUCUUGUAAUAUGCUUAGGUUAUACAGUCUUUAUAUCAUCAAAUCAUUUACACCAAAAAGGCUGAUUUGGCCGAACCAAGACACAAUUUACAUUCAUUAGAAACCCAACUACAAAGACACAGCAUUGUUUUAAGUAAUCUUGUUAUAACUGAAAAGCUGUACUAUUUUUACAUUUGUGAUUGUAAACAUAAAAGUUAUUCAGCCGCUGUAAUGGUUGGUCAGUAUUCACUGGAGAAAUAGGUUGCUUUGUCCUCUCAUGUGGGUGGACUGGAGUACACUGUGCCCUCUUAAUGGGGCAGGGCGGGGGGGCAAAAGGUUUUUUUUGAACCCUGAUUUUCUGUCUGGAGGAUCUUUUUUGUCUUCAAAGAACAGAUCAAAUUCUUCAAUGUG